UGAAGAGAUCAGUAUAAAUGGAUAUCAGGAGAUCCAGAUCAUGAGAUUUGGGAAAUAACAAGUUCGAGUCCAUUAGUUCAAAAUGAUUUACAAUGAGACCAAGAGGCGGGGUGGAUUCAAGGCGUGCACGUUCAUUUUCGUCUUGGGAGCUCUGGAGAAUAUUGGAUUCGUAGCAAACAUGUCGAUUAUGGUUCUCUACUUCCACCGCGCACUCUUUUUCGACGUAUCCCACUCCGCAAACACUCUCACCAACUUCCUAGGAUCGACGUUCUUGCUCACCGUUUUGGGAGGCUUCAUCUCGGAUACUUACUUGAACAGGCUCCACACAUGCCUCAUUUUUGGAUUUCUUGAAAUUAUGGGACUACUAAUGGUGACCAUCCAAGCAAAUUCCAAGACACUGCAGCCUGAUUCCUGCAACAAACCGAGCUGUAUAAAGGGCGGUGAGGCCAUCAUGUUUUAUACCUCUUUGUGUGUGUUGGCUUUAGGCUGCGGUGGGGUUAAGGGAUCUAUUGCUGCGCUUGGAGCGGAUCAGUUUGAUCGGAAGGACCUGAAGGGAGCAAAGGCUCUUGCAAGCUAUUUCAACUAUUUUCAGUUUAGUACAACUGUAGGAUCAUUGAUAGGAGUGACAUUAGUUGUUUGGAUUGCACUGAAUAAAGGCUGGCACUGGGCAUUCUUCACCGGUUUUGCAGCCGCAUUCAUUGGUUUCGUCGUUCUUGCACUCGGGAAGAACUUCUAUUUAUUCCAACCAUUAGCAGAUAGCCCCAUUAUUAGGUUAUCACAGGUCAUUUUGGCAGCAGUACACAACAGGCACUUGAAGUUGCCUGAGAACUCUGAUGAAUUGCAUGAAAUUGAUGAUAAAGAAAGAGAUGCCUCUGAAGAUAAGCUUCUGCACACCAACCAGUUCAGGUUCCUCGACAAAGCUGCAGUUCUUUGGGACGGGACGAGCACCGGCCAGCCAGGGAGAGUAUGCACAGUGACACAAGUCGAAGAAGUCAAGAUACUGAUAAGGAUGCUGCCCAUCUUUGCCAGCACAAUCAUAAUGAACACAUGCUUGGCUCAAUUGCAGACCUUCUCAGUACUCCAAGGAUACUCCAUGGAACCUCACUUGGCCACACUAAACAUCCCCACUGCUUCAAUCCCGGUAAUCCCUUUACUCUUCAUGGCCAUUCUCCUUCCACUGUAUGAGUUCUUCUUCAUCCCAUUCGCACGCAAGAUCACAGGCCAUCCAAGCGGCAUAACUCAGCUCCAACGUGUAGGCAUCGGCCUCAUCCUCUCUGUUGCCUCAAUGGGAAUAGCCGGUGUUGUUGAGGUGAAACGAAGGGAUCAAGCUCUGAAGCAUCCAGACAAGCCGAUCAGCCUCUUCUGGCUUUCAUUCCAAUACGGCGUGUUUGGGGUGGCCGACAUGUUUGCAAUGGUAGGACUAAUGGAGUUCUUCUACAAAGAAGCUCCGUCUGGGAUGAGGUCUCUUGCUACUUCUUUCGCGUUGUUGUCGUUGUCGUUCGGCUAUUUCUUGAGCACUGCCUUUGUGAACAUUGUGAAUGCUGUUACUGAGAAGGUUGCAGCAAAUAAACAAGGAUGGCUUCAGGCAGCACACUUGGAGCAUAACAAAUUGGAUUACUUCUACUGGUUUUUGGGCAUCCUUAGUGGCCUCAAUUUUGUGAACUACUUGUUUUGGGCAUCAUGGUACAAGUACAGAUCAGAUCAUGUCAAAGAUUCUGCUCAGAAUUUAGGAUGAUGAGUUAAGGUUAAGUUCUACCAGAAGAUGCUACAACGAUAGGACCAGAACUAUGCGUACGACAAGUGUAUUACACUUAUCAUAUAAUUAGUAUAUAAUAUAAGAAAAAUGACCAAUCAUGUAAUUAUAUUUGUUAUACUAUCGAUUUGAUCUAACCAAACUUAGUCUGAAUAAAAAUUCUUGUACGUGAACUUUGUUUUGGAUCACUGUGAGUCUGUAACCCAUGAAAUUAAUGAAGCAACU